GCUCCUUGUCACGGAGGGAGUCACUCUUGUUACUCGUAACAUCAUCUACGUUAAGCUAGUUCUACUCUAGACGCUACUACCUACUAAGUUUUCUAAGAAUUUUACUACUCUUACUAAGUAAAGGUAAGUAAUAAAGUUCUUUAUAAGUUCUCUCUCUAAGAGCUUUCUAUUUAGACUAGGUUAGUCUUCUCUAAGAAAAGAGAUAAUAUUAGGCCCUAGCUUAAAAUAAGCUAAACUAGACUAGAUUAGCCUAAAAGAGCUAAUUGCGGGGUAUAAGUACCUAAAUAUUGCUACUACUUCUUAGUAGCGAUUUGUCUUUAGUCUACUAGAGGAAUACAUUAAAGAUAACUAAGAACUUGUGCACCUAGUAUCUUGCUACAGUAUAGUCCUAACAAAAGCAACCGUUCCUAUGCGACGGCGUGUUGCGGGCUUUAAAGAAUUAUUAGAGCUGUACCAGCUACGACGAGCUUCUAGAAGGAAUAUCAACAGCGCGCUUAACCCCGUAGAACAGAACCAGACUAUAGGUCAUCUUAGAAGCACAUACGAGAAGUACUACACGCCAACGCAUAUCGCCCGCGACUUUCAGUUAAUCUACUUUAGAAGCCCUUCAGAAGACCUUCUCAUCCAAUCCGUAGCGCGGAUAGGCUUAUCACAGGAUCAACGUGCACCCACAGAGCUAGAUAACGCGCAACAGGAGGAACUACAGAACAAUCUUGCACUUGCAAUCCUUCGUAAAGAGCGAGAAGUGUGCAAAGAACAGCUUUAUAACCAAGGCUUCUAUCCACUCUCAAAGGGCGAAGGGACGGAUCUUUACAAGAAAUACAAGGAAACGAAGCGAAAGAUUAGCAGUACAUACCAGAAGUUAUACAGAGAACGAUUAGAAUCGGCGGUCCGCGAGUUCCAUAAGUCGAUCAACACAAUUAAGAUAGCUAGGCAACUCAGCAGGAUGGCCGCAGAGAAAGUCUUAACGCUACCAGCCGUUAAGUUUAAACUUCGGGAGCGAGGCACUAUCGCCGGCAUGCUCUUCAAGCCAAUUCAGGACGACAAAGCCCGAUGGGGGACAGCUCUGUAUUGCUACGUUUGGUAA